AUGGAGCUGGAGGCCGUGCUGAAAGAAGGAAGGGGCGCGUCCGCCGGGGAUCCCGCCCGGGUGCUGGGAGCUUGGGUGAAGCGUGGAUGGCCGGCCGCUGGAGGGCCCGGGGCUGACACCGAGCUGAUUGCUGCUGAGUCGGCGAGCAUGGGCCGGAGCCGGGAGCUGAGCUCGGAGGAGAGCGAUCUGGAGUACGAGGCGCUGCCGGAAGGCUCCACCGUCACCACGCACAUGCUGGCCGGGGCCGUGGCCGGGAUCAUGGAGCACUGCCUCAUGUACCCCGUGGACUGUGUCAAGACCCGCAUGCAGAGUCUGCAGCCGGAUCCCGCCGCCCGCUACCGCAACGUCAUGGAGGCCUUGUCCAAAAUCAUCCGCACCGAAGGAUUCUGGCGGCCGAUGCGAGGAAUGAAUGUGACCGCCACCGGCGCUGGCCCCGCCCACGCCCUCUAUUUUGCCUGCUACGAAAAACUGAAAAAGACACUGAGCGAUGUUAUCCGCCCUGGAGGCAAUAGCCAUAUAGCCAAUGGGACCGCCGGAUGUGUAGCGACACUGUUACAUGACGCAGCUAUGAAUCCGGCAGAAGUGAUCAAGCAGAGGAUGCAGAUGUACAAUUCACCGUACCGGCGAGUCACUGACUGCAUGAGGGCGGUGUGGCGGAACGAGGGCGCUGGUGCCUUUUACAGAAGCUACACAACCCAACUGACUAUGAACAUCCCGUUCCAGGCCAUACACUUCAUGACAUACGAGUUCCUUCAAGAGACGCUAAAUCCUCAAAGACAAUACAACCUGACCUCCCACAUGGUCUCGGGGGCCUGCGCGGGAGCGGUGGCCGCCGCCGCCACCACACCACUGGACGUUUGUAAGACCUUACUGAACACGCAGGAAUCCCUGGCCUUGAAUUCCCAGAACAUAGGCGGACACAUCACAGGCAUGGCUAAUGCCUUCAGGACGGUUUACCAAAUAGGCGGCGUGACUGCCUACUUCCGGGGUGUUCAGGCCAGGGUCAUCUAUCAGAUGCCCUCCACGGCCAUCGCGUGGUCCGUGUAUGAGUUCUUUAAGUACAUCAUCACCAAGCGCCAAGAGGAACGGAGGGCGAGCCACUGAAGCGCACUACCAAAGCACACGAUUCGGAGAAGCUCCAGGCACGGUUUCUGAGCGGUUCUCAGCCUUUUAAUGUUUUAUCGUACCUGUUCUUAGCAUGAGCAGAGGCCUCGGACCUCCACCCAGUACAACACGCAGAAAGAACCAGUCGAAUGUGGUGUUCUUUAAUGGGUUCCAGCGAUUAAUCUCCCCCCCCCCUGAAUGUCACCGCCAAGCACUACCAUACCACCAUGCGCCAUUUAAUCCCGUAACGUUUAGAUCCGGAGCGAAACGCAUUUCGGGCCGUGCCACCAUCCUACAAAUAACCCUUUUAUUGGACUUUGACUGGAGCUUGCACCAUCAUCUCUGAGCUGGACCGUGUGCAUAUACCUUUAAUCGUGUCUGUUACAGCAGUAACCCAACAUGGGGCACAUGGAAAGCUUCAUUUUCCGGAUUCCUUAUCGAAAUGCACUCUGCAAAGUUUACCAUAGUUUCCAAUUGCAGUGUCCUUACCAAAGUCUCGGCCCAAGACGGAACCGAGUCAGCGAGGCCGUUGUCACCACGCACACGUUGAAGCACUUAAACCACUUCGGUGGCUAGAGACUUAUUUUUUUUUCCUUUUAAUCUAAGAGUUGGGAGAUUGUCUGUCUGUUAUUUUUUGGCCAAUUCACCUCCUUGAACUAUUUUUGUAAGAUGUCAUUUUAAAUUCCAGAAUUAACACGACGGACGCCCCCCACGUGCUGCUGUACCGCGCAACACGACAGUAGGGUGUCUCACAGUACCGCAUGCACCGGGCCUUGUUCCAGCAGGCUUGUCAUAGGGCACGCAGUGUAGAAUUGCAGGAAGGGCGGGCGACAACCAUUAGCGCGCAUCUGCUCCCCGGAAGAGACGCCUUGUUUUGCUUACAGCAAAUGCACUUAUCUGUCUUCUGAUGACUCCUUAGUCGCGGCGCAGACAUUUGACUCCCCACCACACCCGUCAUUUGAAUGUGAGAUGACAUCUGCUGUAGACGUGUCCACGUCAUCUUGGGUACAAUCUCCUCCAGUGCUUUAUUUUGAAGCUGGGUUACUUUUUUUUUUUUUGUAGCUGGUGGAUAAAAAUGUCUUUUAUUCCGGUGUCUGUUCCACAAAUCAAUUACCGCCUCACUUUUUCUCUUCUGGUAUGUAACCGCAUUAGGGGCUGCGUACGGAUGUGUACUCUUGGAUUCUGGGUCUGCUGCUCUUAUGAUUUAAUCUAAAACUGUACUCUGAUACUCUUGGUCCAAAUGCACAUUAAAAACUGAGACCUGAAUAACAA